UCUGUGUCUGCAGAUACAGAACAAAAAGGGAAAUACAACAUCCCCAACCUGGAUGUGAAAACUCCUCAGCUGAUCCAAGACACCAACCAAACACUUCAGCUCAGCUGUAGGGGUCGCUGGGAGCUGACCUGGGCGUUCCCAUCAGGUGUGAGCAGAGACCAGGUGAGAGUGGAGGCUUCUCGCUGUGGGAGGACAGGUCAGCAUCACUGCAGCCUCCUGACGCUCAGCCGCAGCCGGCCUCAGGACACGGGCCUGUUCCGCUGCAGAUAUCGGCAACGACCUCAAAAACAGGCCUCCGUUUAUGUAUAUGUCACAGACAGCCAGCAGCCAUUUGUGGAGCAGCCGGGUUUGAGCCCAGAUGUGUUGUACCUGAUGGAGAAGCAGCCGCUGGUCGUCCCCUGUCGGGUCACACACCCCAAUGUCACCACCACACUGGUCAAGUUUCCCAACCAGAGUCUGAGACCUGACCAGAGGAACAUCAUCUGGAACAGCAAGCAGGGCUUCACCAUCCGAAGUCCCACCCUCUACUACACCGGCCUCUUCUUCUGCCAGACCGUCAUCGAUGGCGUCACAUACAAGUCACAUAAAUUCUUUGUGCACAGACCAGUGAGUAACAUCAUGGAAGUGUAUCUGAACAGCAGCGGACCUGUGCAGGCUCUGAGGGGAAGGAGCCUGGUGUUAAACUGCACAGCCACAGGGGAGUUGAACACCAGAGUCAACAUCACCUGGGACUUUCCCGGAAAGAGUAACAACGCCGGCUCCUUUACCAAGAGGCUCCUGAAACACAGAACACACAUGUUGUUCUACAGUAUCUUGACCAUUCCCAAACUCCAGCGGUCAGACCGAGGCCUCUACACAUGUCGAGUCACGAGCGGGGAAAAGACCAAACAACAAAAGGUCACUGUUACUGUCUAUGAUCGUCCGUUCAUCCGUCUGAAGCCCAGACAUGGAUCUGUGAUGGAGGCUCAAGCUGGACAGAAAUCUUACAGGAUCUCUCCCAAACUAAAAGCGUUUCCUGCCCCUGAAGUCAUCUGGCUGAAGGAUGACACGGUGGCGGCAGAGCAAUGCUCCCGAUACCACAUGGACGGGAAUUCCCUGGUGAUCCGGGACGUUGCAGAGGAGGAUGCUGGGAAGUAUACCAUCCUGGUACGAAUCCAGGAGCACGGCCUCUACCAGAAUCUCACGCUCACACUUGUUGUCAACGUGAGUCCUCAGAUAGGGGAGAAAGCGGUGUCGUUGCAGGACCCGGGGUCUGUGCCACGGGGGAGCAGACAAGCGCUGCACUGCACGUCCCACGGAGUCCCUCCUCCACACGUCCAGUGGCUCUGGCAUCCCUGUCCGUCCAAAGGCCUGUAA